AUGGACGUACAAGAGAUAGCACGUAUUAAUCGCGUAUUGAAAAGAGCGACUAUGAGACGCGAUGAAUGUAUUAGGCGUAUUAACGCAAUGCACGAGCUCGCGGUGCAAUGUGAAACUGAGUUAAGUUUGAUCACUCAGCUAUCGUUUCUUGUCGACGAAGUCGACGUUAUAUGGUCAGAAUUUACGGCUGAGAGUAAUACAGUGAUUGAUUGCUUAAUAGAUUUAGGUAGAGAAUCAGAGUAUUCCAUUGGUCAGGUCGCGGAUCUUCGCAACUUGAUUUCUAUUUCCCGUGCAACGGUCAAUCGUCACACUCAAAGUGAUCAAAUUAACGUGUCUGUCCGUAGAGAAUCCCUAAUAUCUGUUCCGGAGCCGGUAUCGGUGCAUAAUUUAAAUAUAAACGACGACAGGGAAAGUCAGGUAGGUUCGGUUAAGAGCGGGGCGGCGCGUAGCUCUACAGCAUUUGGUGUAAAUGUCCCGGGAGGUAGCGUCCGCAGCGGACAUACAAUUACGCGUACUACAUCUCACGUAAAACCGGCCCGGUUGCCGGAGAUACCACUACCCACAUUUAAUGGUGAUAUUUUUAAGUGGCUUAUGUUCCGAGAUCGUUUCAUGUCCAUGGUUGAUCAACAUUCUACCAUCGCGGACAUCGACAAAUUUUAUUAUUUAACGGGUUGCUUGCGAGAUAGGGCGUUAGAGGCAAUCGCUGGCAUACCGGUAAGUGGCGACAAUUAUUCACUCGCUUGGGCCACGUUAACAGCGCGCUUUGACAAGCCGCGCUUAGUUGCGUCUUCAUUGUUAGACAAAUUAUUAACAGCACCGAAAUCGUCGAACGAAAAUCUAACAGAACUGAAUAAAUUUUUAUUGGUUUUUGAUGAGGGGGUCUCCGUACUAGAUUCAAUGAACCUCCCGAAUCUUGGUGAUUUUAUUUUAUUUUCGGUCGCGUCGCGUUGCUUGCCGUCGUAUACGGUUAAGCUUUUUGAAGCGCAAUUGUCAAAUAGCUUUCCAACGGUUAGGGAACUUUUGACGUUCGUAAAAUCACGUGUUAACGUUCUAGAAUGCAUACCGAAUGAUGCGGUCCAUAAAAUAGUAAAGCAGCCAUUGCAAAAGUCAUCUCACACUUCGAAAGGUUAUACAUCUGCCCCUAGUAACUAUAAACGGCAACAACCAACUUCGUUAGUGUCUAGUACCGUAUCGUCGAAAUCAAAAGGGCCGUGCCCUAUUUGUAAAGGGUCUCAUGCAAUUUCGUCAUGCCAAAAAUUUACCGGGUGGUCCGCCGGCACUCGCGAAACGUGGGUCCGUGAAAACAGGCGAUGUUUUCGUUGCUUGCGCGCUGGUCAUUGGGCCCCAGAGUGCAAGUCACCGGUACAAUGUGAUAAGUGCUCGUAUAAACAUCAUCCGUUAUUACACUCGCGCGAUAGAAAUAACGGUUCAACAUCUGACAAUCAGGUACCGUGCGAUGAACCGCCGUCUCAAUCGUCCCUUCUUGGUAGUGACUGUCAGCAAUCGUCAUCGGUUAUUUUAGGGACCGUUUUAGUCCACAUUCGUGACUGUGGUGGUGUGUUGCACACUGUACGCGCUCUAGUCGACUCCGCUUCGCAAAUAAGCGCGAUCACCGCAGAUUGCUCCGCUCAAUUGGGCUUGAAAGUUACCCGUUGGACCGCCCCUGUAUCUGGGUUAUCAGGUGCGUCGGUACCCAACGUUAAGGGAUUGGUAACUUGUGAUAUUCAACCUCGAUUUUCGAACGAACCAUUUAUAAAUUUUACCGCAUGGGUGUUCCCCACAAUUACCGUUAAUAUGCCUAGCCAGUCAAUAUCCAAUCAGGUAGCAGAUAAGUAUAAAAAUUUAGCCCUAGCAGAUCCCUCGUUCACAAUACCAAGUAAGGUUGAUUUACUACUCGGCGCAGACAUAUUUGCGCGUAUUCUGAACGGUAAACGUGUGUCAGUGGGUGACUCAUAUCCUGUAGCAUUCGGUUCAAUAUUUGGUUGGAUAAUAAUCGGGCCUGUCCCCUCUUCAAAUAGUUAUGUUUCCACUUCACAUCACAUCUCUUUGGUUUCUUCAAUCGAAUCUUUAAUGGAUAAGUUCUGGCAGGUUGAGGAACCAGAAACAGCUCCAGAGACCUUUACUUGUGACGGAAAAUGUGAAGAGAUGUUCCGUGAUAAAUGUUCACGUGACGAAUCCGGGCGUUUUGUCGUACCCUUAUUGUUCCGCCAAACGGUCGCGGACAAUACCUUUUCUGGCUCGCGCGCUGUCGCGGUCAAACGUUUCGAGUCCCUUGAGCGAAAGCUCACAUCAGACAGCCGACUUCGCGAGGCGUAUUGUAAAUUUAUGGCUGAAUACUUGUCUUUAGGACACAUGUCCCCAGCUUCGUCUACAGGUUCAUAUUUUAUCCCUCACCAUGCUGUGUUCAAGUCUUCCGACCCACAAGAUAAAAUCCGUGUCGUAUUUGACGCGUCCGCCCAAUCGUUUUCUAGUACAUCAUUAAACCAAUGUUUAUUCGCGGGUCCAAAAUUACAACAGGACGUUAUUGAUGUACUAAUGCGGUUUCGUCUACCGCGUUACGCAUUCACCGCGGACAUUAAUAAAAUCUAUACGGGUGCUUCGAAAAAUUGCCGAGUCCGAUUGUGCGGACGUUCCCGCUGUCCGUGA